AUGGGUAUCCAGGGUCUUCUUCCUCAGUUAAAGUCCAUUCAAAAUCCAGUGUCACUACGUAGAUAUGAAGGAGAGGUAUUAGCCAUUGAUGGAUAUGCGUGGCUACAUAGAGCUGCCUGCUCCUGCGCUUAUGAACUUGCAAUGGGAAAACCGACUGAUAAAUACUUACAAUUUUUUAUAAAACGAUUUAGUCUAAUGAAAACUUUUAAAGUUGAACCGUACUUGGUGUUUGAUGGAGAUGCCAUUCCAGUCAAAAAGUCGACAGAAUUUAAAAGAAGGGAUAAGAGACAAGAAAACAAAGCCAUUGCUGAAAGACUAUGGGCCUGCGGAGAAAAAAAAAAUGCAAUGGACUAUUUCCAAAAAUGUGUUGACAUAACGCCUGAAAUGGCAAAAUGCAUUAUAUGCUACUGUAAGCUUAACGGUAUUCGCUACAUUGUAGCCCCAUUCGAGGCAGACUCUCAAAUGGUAUACUUAGAACAGAAGAACAUUGUGCAGGGAAUAAUUUCUGAGGACUCUGACCUUCUCGUCUUUGGAUGCCGACGUCUUGUUACCAAGUUGAAUGAUUAUGGAGAAUGUUUGGAAAUAUGCCGCGAUAACUUUAUUAAACUCCCAAAGAAGUUUCCAUUGGGAUUGUUAACUAAUGAUGAAAUUAUAACCAUGGUUUGUUUAUCUGGUUGUGAUUAUACCAAUGGAAUUCCCAAGGUUGGCUUAAUCACUGCAAUGAAAUUGGUUAGACGAUUUAACACAAUAGAAAGAAUAAUUCUUAGUAUACAGAGAGAGGGGAAGCUGACAAUUCCGGAAGCAUACAUCGGUGAGUACGAAGCUGCUGUCUUGGCAUUUCAAUUUCAAAGGGUAUUUUGUCCUAUCCGGAAGAAGAUAGUGAGCUUGAAUGAAGUUCCACUGCACUUGAGAGAUACUGAAGAUAAACGAAAGAAGCUCUGUGAGUGCAUUGGUCAUGUCGUUCACAGAGAUACUCAGAUGAAACAAAUAGUACAUUUUGAUAACGAUAUAGAUCACGAUUUGCAUUUUAAAAUUGCUCAAGGAGAUUUGAAUCCAUAUGAUUUCCACCAGCCGCUAGCUAAUAGAGAGCACAAAUUACAAUUAGUAUCCAAGUCGAAUUUGGAAUUCGGUAAAACCAAUAUCAAUACCUCUGAAGUCAAAAGUAAACCAAUAGAAUCAUUUUUCCACAAAAUGACAAGAGUAGAUUGUACUCCUAAAGUUGUAAAUAACGUCCAUAGUUUAAAACAAGUGGAAGAUAAACUGACAAUGACAAUUAAACGCAGAAAAUUAGGUAAUGUCAAUGCAGUUCACGAAACUUUACAAGAUACAAGGAGCAAGUUUUUUAAUAGGCCUUCUGUGGUUACUAUCAAAGAUUUUGAAAAAGAAGGUGAAUCACAUGAUUUUAAAGAGGGAGCAAACUCUCAGUCUUUAGUGGAAGCCAUUCCUGAGUCCCAGUUAUCUACACAAGUACCUAGUUCCUUUGUUACAACAAAUCUAGAAGCUGAUGAUAACCUAAGUGAAAACGUUUCUGAAGUUGUUAGUGAAUUGGAAGAAGAUCCGAGAAUUCUUCAAGGUCAUGAAAAAGAGGUCAUCAGCAGUGGGGGGAUCUAUAGCACUGACAAUGACGAUGAUAAUUACGAUAGUAGUGAUACUACUGAGGAUUAUAGUGAAAUUGUUGAACAAAAGAUUCCUACAAGCAGUACUAGUUCAAUUCAUGGCUCGUCCCAGAGGAAUAUAUCGGGAUGCACAACGGUCUUACAAAAAUUUAGAUAUUCUUCAUCAUUCAGUGGAGCAAUUGCUAACAGACAACCGCUUUAUCCUCGACAUGUUAAUCAGAAAAAUAAAGGAAUGGUAUAUGUCAAUCAAAACAGAGAUGGUAGUCAUGAGAGUAACAAAGAUAAAAACCAAACCAUUCAAAGGCCAUCAUUACGGAAAAGUCUCAUCGGUGCUAGGUCCCAAAGAAUUGUCAUUAGCACAAAAAGUGUCGAUGAAAAGAAGUCAUACAAUUCAUCACCCAUUUUGCAUGAGGAAAGUAACAAAAGAGAAAUUGAAGCUAGCAAGUCAAGCCAAACUCGGCCGGCAGUUAGGUCCAUCUCUUUACUUUCCCAAUUUGUUUACAAAGGUAAAUAA